AUGUUCGGGACCGAACACGGGGCGGACGCCGACGAGCGCAGGAAGCGGCCCCGCACCGCCUUCACCGCGGCGCAGAUCAAGUCGCUGGAGGCGGAGUUCGAGCGCAACAAGUACCUGUCCGUGGCCAAGCGGCUGCAGCUCUCCAGGAGCCUCAAGCUCACGGAGACCCAGAUCAAGAUCUGGUUCCAGAACCGACGCACCAAGUGGAAAAGGAAGUACACCAAUGACCUCGAGGUUCUGGCGCAGCAGUACUACAGUUCCAUGGGCGUGAUGGCGCCUCGACCCAUUUUCGUUGGCGACAGGUUAUGGUUCUUCAACUACCCGCACCACGGCCAGCCAGGACUCAACGCCCCGGCCCUUCUGCCCGCCGGCUACCUGCAGCCCCACCAGCCCCCGGUGCUGUCCCCCCUGCUGGGGCCCCCGCCGCCGCCGCCGCACUUCCUGCAGGCCGGCCAGCCGCUCCCCAGCAACGUGCUGCCGCACUGCUACCAACCCCCGCAGCACCCCGGCGAGGAGUACGCGCCACUGCGGGUACACUCGCCCGACGCGCAGACGUGA